UGUCUCUGCCAAAUUUUUGCAAAUGACUUCGUUUUGCUUCAUUGUAUCAUGUAUUUUACGGUAGAAUGGCCCAAACACAUUCGGAUCCCUCAACAGGAUCCCAGUCCGUUGGUUCAUGUGUCCAGUAACCGCGAUCGGCUUUUAUUUGCUGUCCUGACGGCCAAUUCACUGAGCAUCUGGUUUUGCAAGCCAUCAGUAGAGAUAGUGUGCUUUCGUCGGUCUGUGAAUUCAGUGACCGAGUUUGGUAGCAAUCAGCGGGCAGAAUGGCGUCCAGACUCCAGUAUGGUUGCAGUUACGACUUCGCGAGGUUACAUAAUAUUCUACAAAUUAGAAGUAGAUUUGACUGUCAUCAAUCAUCACUGCUUGUACACGCAGAGAGAAGGCGGUAAAUCGACCAAUCAGAAAGAGCUGUCAGAUAUCCACAAUGGCGAUGGCAUCCCCGCAUUAUCCCUCACCCAAGCGUCGUACAUGCAGAUACCAGGUGGUGUCGCCAGUAUGGCAUGUAUCAAAGAUGACAUCAUGGUGGCAUCGGGUUUCGGCACGUUACAGCGAAUACGGUGGGAUGGAUUUGUUAACGGCGAUCUAAGCGUCUCGCUCAAUGCAAUACCUUUCUCGAUUGAUCUUCAGCAUUCCAGAGCGUCAACCAUAAAUGAUGACCGCGUGCACAUCUCUGCCAUGGAAUACAGCUCACAGAUGGGAGGCUUUGCUGUUGUCUUAUCCAAUGGCAGUGCCGCAUUUAUUACGGCAACAUCACCAAGAUUUGAACCAAAUCAAAUCAUGGGAGUUUGGGCAGGACACACCAAAAAUGCCACUUGUGUCGCUGUCAAUAGCCGGUUUAGACUCAUUGCUCUUGGAUGCUCAAAUGGUGAGGGUCUGUUGUUCUGUAUUGAUGAACUGACUGGUGCUCUACAAAUCUCCCACAAGCUAAUGGUGUCCAGUAAAGACUACCCAGAUGCCUGCAACUCAACAGGAGGUGUUUCUAUAUUACGGUGGACUCCUGACGGUUGUACAAUCGCGAUGGCCUGGGAGAAGGGAGGUUACUCCAUCUGGAGUGUAUUUGGUGCUCUACUUGUCUGUACAUUGGCGACUGACUUCAGGUUGUACCAUCCUGUUGGCUUUGCACAUGUGGACGGGAAACACUUUGUUAAUAUUCAGUCAAUGGAGUGGGGGAUGGAAGGCUUUCAUUUAUGGGUCGUGUCCGGACCAAACAAGAGUGACGGAGGAAAUCGAGACAUUCUACAGAUACAGUUUGUCAAAAGUGCCUUAUCUGCCAAUCCUUGCAUGACAAAUCAUGAACACUUGUUACUGCAAGGAGAGGACCGACUCUACAUCAACACAGGUGUUCAUGUUCUGAAGACAAAUAGCAAUGCAAUGGCAGAGGGGCUGAGUCCGACCAAAGAAAGGCCUGGACAAGGCUCGAUCCAAUCUCAGGGAAUCAAUACAAUCUUGAUUGGCAAUAAACAAUGGCAAGUCAUACCCAUACCUCAUAACUAUCUGGCAAGCAACUGGCCCAUCAAGUAUUGUGCAGCAGACAGGUCAGGGCAGUGUAUAGCAAUAGCAGGGAAGGCAGGCUUGUGUCACUAUGCAGCAUUUAAUAAGAAAUGGAAGCUGUUUGGUAAUGAGACUCAGGAGAAGGACAUGGUGGUGUCGGGUGGGAUGACAUGGUGGAAGGACUUUAUAUGUCUGUCCUGUUUUAAUCUCUUGGACCAACGAGAGGAGAUCCGACUGUAUCCACGAAGUAGCAAGCUCGACAACACAUUUGCUCACAUUCACAAGUUGCCCUCGCCAGUUUUACUUCUCAACACAUUCAGAGAUAUCUUAAUAGUGUUUUGUGCAGACUGUCAUAUCAUGCUUUACAAUAUUGAAAGGAAAAAUACUCAGCCAAAUCCAUCAGUCGAGCUUCAAAAACUCCAAGAAGUGUCAAUAGGUUCCUUCAUCCCUCAAGCCAGCUCAGUCACUGCCAUUACUCUGACGUCCCUUCGGACAGAGACUGCCCCGAUCAAGGCCCCACUCCAGCCUAGAGAGGCAGAGAGCAUACUACUCAACUAUGCAGGAAAGUUAUUGAUGUUCCAGAGAGAUCGCACUGGGCCGCAAGUCCAGAGGAAGGAUGGGAAAAAUAGACCUCUGCCGUUCUGUGCUCCAGUCAUGGUGGCAUCCUCUGUUGAGAACAUGUGGUCGACGUCUCGCUCCAACCCUGACAAGAAGUACCUGAUGGAUGCCCUCUGGUUGUGCUGUGGUGCUCAAGGUGUCAAAGUCUGGCUCCCUCUUUUGUCAAAGGAAGAAGUCAAGACACCGGCGUAUAUGUCCAAAAGAAUCAUGCUUCCAUUUUCUGUUGAUAUUUAUCCAUUAUCUGUGUUAUUUGAAGACUGUGUGAUCCUGGGCGUGACCAAUGACACGACCAGCUAUGAAGGUCUUGCAGCAGAGGAGGCCUUCACGCUACCCUUCUCUACAUUAGAGCGAACUAGUCAAAUUUACCUCCAUCACAUCUUGAGACAGUUACUACGGAGAAAUCUUGGUAUCCACGCCCUCGAGAUAGCGAGAUGUUGCACCGACCUGCCAUACUUUGCUCACGUCCUAGAACUCCUCGUGCAUGAGGUGUUGGAAGAGGAGGCCACGUCCAAGGAACCCAUCCCUGAUCCCUUGUUACCGAGGGUUGUUGCAUUCAUUCAGGAAUUCCCCGAGUAUCUCCAGACCAUUGUUCAUUGUGCUAGAAAGACUGAGGUAGCACUUUGGCCGUAUUUGUUCUCCACGACAGGCAAUCCUAAAGAUUUAUUCGAGGAGUGUCUAGUGUCUGGUAAUCUGGAUACCGCUGCUUCCUACUUGAUUAUCCUACAGAACCUGGAGAAGCCAAUGGUUUCUAGACAGCAUGCCACAUUGUUACUGGAUGCCUCCCUUGAUCAUUGCAAAUGGGAGCUAGCUCGAGACCUGGUGCGUUUCCUCACUGCUAUAGACCCUAGUGAGGCUGAAACGCCACCAAACUUUACCCUGCACACGAAACAGUCGAUAAUGCCAGGGAGCCUGCACCCACCUGGGAGUUUGCCAUCUCCCUGCAGUCUCCACACUCCACCGAUUAGUCCUUCCGAGACCUCUGCUUAUGGUUAUGGUAACACGUCUCGUGGUAGAAGUACCAGCCUACCAAAGAAUGAACCACCAAAAGAUGCUGGUCGCAGUAAAGAGAAGAAACUUGCUCACUCAGAAUCACAGAUGAUUCCUAAGAGACACCCAUCAGGCCCGCUGAAGGAGGAGGGUACACAAGAGCAGUUCUUCAUCGAUGUGAUCCUCAGUCGGCAUGCCAGGAAACUACUGAGUGCACACCGGUUACGUGAUCUCGGACAAUUCUCUGCCAACUUAGAUGACUACAAGCUGGUGGCCUGGCUGAGGAAAGAAAAAGUGCGAGCAGCAAAGGUUGAUGACUUUGUUGCUGCAUUGAAACAGCUUCACCAUGACUUCCUCUGGCCACUACCGAUCCUGACCCACGCCGGCUUUCACCAUCUUCAUAAAUCUUUCGGAGGCUUAACUUGUUUAGAUAUGGAUGAUGAUGGAGAUGAGGUGUUCCCUUCACUCCUAGUUCCCACCUCAAGUACUUCUUCCAAAGGGAGCAGCUGUAGUGAUACACAGAGGAUGAACGGUGACCAAGAUUGUCCGCUCACUGUGAAUAUAGAUGGUGGCCCCGCUGGGUCUGCUGUCCGCGAACAUCAUAAACUGAAUAGGCAGCCGACAGACUUGUUGGCGACGCCCACUGGGGAUGUGAUGUUAAAACCUCAAGUCAGCGUUCGGGAUGAUAGCAGCCUUGCCACAGAGCUCUCAGAGAAUAGCUCCUUACUAGGUGAGGGUGAACUUAUGCUGGACCAGUCUGCCUGGGGUGAGGUCUCAUUCACAUCAGAGCUCGAACAGAUCACGCAGGAAUUAGCGAAUAAGGGACCACCCCAAUCCGAGUUGGAGCUACGGUAUCUCUUCCACAUCAUGCUGGAGGCCGACUGUCUGGAGUGGGCGGUAAUCAUCGCCAUCAUACUACGGGAUGCUAUAGCAGUAGUCAGAGCUAUCAACACAGCUAGUCUGACAGAUGCGCCAAUUGAGGUCAUCGGCAGGAUCAGAGAGGGCAUAUCUUUUUUGGAGUUGUGGGCAGAAACUGAAUGUCUGGGUUACAAACCAUUUCUAGUUGCAAUAAAAGGACAAUCAUUAGCUCUGGCUAAAAUAGCAGAAGAACAUCCUCCAAAGUCGCGGUUAAGUACGUCAUCUCUGGAGAGUUCUGCAACGACUGAGGAGCUGAAGGGAGCAGUGAAUAGCAGCCAUUGCGCGACUGACCACAGCGAUAAUGAGGAGAGGUCAGAGGUCACUGAAGAGGAAGAGGAGGAGCCAGAAGCUGGCGGACAAUGCUCGGUCUCAUAACGCUUGCCUCUUUUUAGGCUUUAUUUUAUCAAUUCAGCAUUUAGUUCUCAGUAUUAUUCAGGGUAGAAGCUGGGUCAGAGAAUUUGUCAAAGUGGAGAAGUUUUUCUUUCAGCAACUAAGUGAGUAAGACCUAUAAAAUGUGUAACCAUGCUGUUGGUGGCUAAACGGAUACUUCAUUAUGGAAACUAGAACUUUACUAUUGAUUUAACGUGCUAUGAUCAAACUAUGCUGGUGUUAAAGUGGCAGUACAGCUGGUAUGAAUGAGGAUGUGAUGGUGACAGAGAUUACUCUGUGGCAAUAGGACUUUGAGAAAGUGAUAACCUGAUUGCACUACAAAUAGGAGGAUGCGAUAGGAUGGCAGAUGAGAUGUGAGGGUACUGUGGGGAGUGGUGGUAUACAGUACUAGAAACAUGAGUGGAAAUAGGAUCACAAUCCUACCAUGGGACCAAGAGAUUAGUAAGUUGGGUAGCUGGGUUAUUUCUGCGUUCGAAAUUUGUACUUUCUGUGCUAUAGUCAGGGUAAUAAUUUGGAUAGAACAUCAACUUCUGUAUGAAUUGUAUGCAUCCAAAGCAGUUGAAAUUGAUAUUGUGGGCAUGAUAACUAGUCAGUACACUCCCUGCAUAAUAAUCAGUGCAUAAUCAUUUAAGUAAUACCUGGUAUUCCGGUGCAAGUCCAUGUACAUUGAUUUGAGUGACACUUGAUAACACUGUUCGAGUGUUGAAUGAACGAUGACAUUCUGAUGGUAGUCGAAAAUGUUUCUGAGAGACCUCCUUGUAUAGAACCUCAGUAUUGCAGAAACCACCUUUUGAUGAUCUGAUGAUCUUGCAUCAGGCUCAUAUAGUUUGUAAUAGACAGACGUUGUUUAACUUAUUUCAACCAUGACCAAUUAUUUCAUGACAAAGAAUCGAGAUGCCAUCAAAUGGCAGGGUUGACCAUCAUUCAGGCUACAUGUAUGCUACAAGUAGUCACACUAACACCAAGUUUUAUUCAUUUAAAACGUGAUCAAUACUUGACCCAGUUUCUUAAAGUUUAUGGGUAUUGAAAAUACAUGCUUGUACUAUGAUCUUGAUAAUGACAGUAGUACGCAUGUAUGUCCGCAAGUUGUAUCAACAUGUAGGUCACUUAUUGGCCAUAAAAUGGAAUAAAUGUGUUGCCAACAAUUUCAUGUUUUGAAUUUAUAAUAUUUCAAGACUUGUUCAGAAGUCAAUAAAUGUUAUUCUAUUCACUGCAAUGUGCCCUUGAUCUGAGGUGUGAUUGAAACAACAAAUGGUAAUUGACCACGUUCACCUCAUUGACUUCAAAUAUGAAGAAUGCCUAUAACAUUACCAGAUAAAACAUGAAUAAGUCUGAUUUCCUGAUUACUUCUAGAUUAUUCAUGAAGUGUUCCAGUUCACAUCAUGAAGGCAACUUCCUGGGUGGAAAAUUCUUGGAAACUUCAUUAAGCAAAGUUCCAUCCUAGCAUUUCCGUGUUGAGAGUACAAAAUGACUGUGACUAUUAUGCUCUACCACACCAGAGCCUAGAGUAUAGUAGAAAGUUAUUGUGAUCAUAAUAUUUGUGAUGUCUCCUGAUAAGGACAUGUAUUUCUUUGGUUUUCAAGGAAUGAAAGGGGAGAGGAAAUGGCUACAUACAUGUAUAAAGUACAUGUAAAUGCUUGUAUGUCCAUGGACAUGAACAUGUGUGUGUACAGUCGAGUGUGUUCUUCGUCUGACUGCAUCUUGAUGAUAAGUCUCAUUUUGGUGCUCUUCCCUUACUGGUAUUUUGAGUUGUGUAUAUAGUAAUAUGAAUUCCAGUGGUUUCUGUAUGAAAUCCCGUUUAAGAUUGGUAUAUCUUGUGGAAGGUGGAGAUGGUGGGGAGAAAGUGGGACCAAACAUUUCAAAAAGGUCAAAUCUGCAUGGCUUAUUUUCUUGGUUUAUUUAUUUGUCUGGAAAGCAUUUCUUGCACUUAGGUUGCAUUACAGAAGACAAACUUUACUGAAUGGUCUGUUUAUAACAGUUUUGGAACCUUGUUAAUCCUUUUGAAGGUCUUUUUAUAUCCAUUUCCAUUGGAAUUAAGUCUCGUGAUAUACUAUUCUACAUGUAAUCUUCAGAUUGGAGACAAAUAUUUGGUAAUUCUGAAUGCAUUGAUCUGUACCCAUUUCUGAGUUCAUGUCUCGAAUUUUAUGCAUUGAAAGCACACUGUAAAAUAAACUAUUUUAGAGCUA